AAGAGCUUUAGUUCGGAACGAAACUCUGUGGAGAGCAGAGCGUAUAACACCUCCGACGCCGCUGGUGCCGCGCAUUCACGUUCGAUCUCUGUUUACAUUUUGUUUACGACAAAAUCUAGAACUACCCGAAAAUCACUUGUGAAUUUUAUAUUAUUUUGUGUUCGAUAUUGAUACGUUUCUGUGGUUGGUUUUGACAGAAGUGGUAAUUUCAGUGACUUCGAUUUUGGGAUUUACGCUUGGAUUUACUUUGAUUCUGAGAUCUAUCCAGUAUCAGGUCUCCAAUAAUUUGAGGGUGGAUAUAUCUAAUAAGGGACGUGUCAAAUGCCAUGUGAUAGACAGACAGACCGACUGACGGUGUCGCGGUAGUGAUGCGGAGCUAGAACCAGGACCUCCAUCGUGCGGUUUGCUGCCAUCAUGGCGGGUUCUCACCCUCUGAUCCCCCUCUUCUGGUGCGCUCUACUGAUCUUGUCUAUCAUGUCAAUGGCGUGCUCGGGGAUAGUGCAGGGAAAUCAAGAAGGUCUUCUAGAAGAGACAGCAGCCACGAAAUCCACAAUCGAACACGACGAUUCCAUCUUCCUCAGCUCGGACUCCUUGCCAAUCUUCCAGGCAGAACCCCAGAACGCUUACGUGGUGAAAAACCGCCCUGCACUCCUCCAGUGCAAGGCCGGUAACGCUCUUCGCGUGUAUUUCAAGUGCAACGGUGCAAAAAACGUUGAAAGUACUCAAAGUGAAUUCGUCCAUCCUCAGACGGGAGUGAGAAUAGUGGAAGCCGAGAUUAACAUCACCAGAGACAUGGUAGAGGAGUUUUUUGGAAAUGAGAAAUUCAAAUGCGAGUGCCACGCCUGGAGUGGCAGAGGUAGCAUCAAGAGUCAGCCUGCUAUUGUCGAUGUAGCUUAUCUGAAGAAGCAGUUCGACGUGAACCCUGAAUCGACUAGGGUGGAAAUAGGACACCAGAUGGAGCUGAGGUGCGUUGCUCCAAUGGGGAUGCCACCUCCUAGAAUCUAUUGGUUAAGGGGUGGUCAACCUCUGCAAUCUGAUACCACCAUGUUGGUAUCCAGCGAGGGACAGUUGCUAAUAAGUCAAGCUAGACCUCAAGAUACCGGAAACUACACAUGUGUGGCUGAAAACAUUGCAGCCAAGAGGCUUUCCAAUCCUGCCCAGAUUACAGUUUAUGUGAAUGGUGGUUGGUCACAAUGGUCACCAUGGACAGACUGCAAAUGUCCUGGAUCAACUCUACCUCUGGGAAAGAUGAGCACAAGAACUUGCACCAAUCCACCUCCCAGUAAUGGUGGUUUAGCUUGUGUAGGUUCAGCUGUGAGGAAAACCAAAGACUGUCAGCAGUGUCCUCAAGAACCAGCCCGUUGGUCAACAUGGUCCGAAUGGACAAAAUGCAAUUCGGAUUGCAUUAAAAUCAGAAAGAGACAAUGCAUUCCUGGUAAUGGAGUUGGAAGGAAAAACUGCAAUGGAAGGGACACCCAGACUGCACCAUGUACAGCAGAAAUAUGCAAAUCAUCGGAAUUGACACGAGUUAAAGAAGCAAAUCUGGAGAGCACCCAGUAUGACAUCAUAUUGUACAUAGGGCUAAUGGUUGCCAUCUUAAUUGUUCUGCUACUGUCCUACUUCCUAGUACGAGUUUACCGAAAAAAGGAUCAACACCAGAGUCUAUAUAAUAUGGCAUCCAAUGAAUACCAUCCUGAGUAUUUUCCUGAUCACGAUAAGAAAUCUCUGAGCCUACAACCCGACUUAACCCAAACGGUACCGCCCUGUUAUGAGUAUCCCUCGUACACAACCCCCUCAACGGCUAUGGUCACUAGAUCAGUUUCCGAACACCACUACGACGUCCCCCAUCUAGCUUCAGGGAGCGAUAUACAGAUGUCGCCUGCGACGAGCUCUACGCUAGAAUCCUCUAGCGGCAAGAGGAGUCAACUCAGUGGAUUCACAAAUAACUCCGAUUCAACAUACGAAGUAGCAGCAGAUUCUGUAACUCUCCCCAUGUCGACUCUUCCUGCUGCCUAUGCCGUAACUCCUGCAACGAAUGGUAACUACACCAGUGCCACUGUGGGCCAUUCUGGAGCCUUCCUGAAUCUUCCCGAGUCUGGGGUAAGCUUAACGGUGCCAGAAGGUGCCAUAUCCAGGUCCAGGAAACAGGAGAUAUUCCUCUCGAUCCUCAACGAAGACUGCUUUAGGCCAAAACUGGCUGACAACCUGACACAGCUGAGUCCUGUUGUAUCCUGCGGGCCCAAUAUUUCCCUGAAUAAGGCUGUUAUUCUGAAGGUUCCGCACUGCGCUGAACUUUCCAAACACAACUGGUCUGUCUCAGUUCUACAGAGUGACUGCAGCGAUUCCCAAUGGCAGACAGCAGUUACCCUUGGCCAUGAGACCAUCAACACCUCCGUGUUCUGUCAAUUAGAUGAAGACGUAGCUUUCCUGGUCACCGAUUGCCUCUCCAGAUUCGUGCUGGUCGGACAAUCAACAACUGGAGCUGCAAUUAAAAAACUAAAACUUGCCAUAUUCGCCCCCAAGUUAUGCUUACAGACCUCAAUAGACUACAGUGUGCGUGUGUAUGUGCUUGAAGACACGGAUAGUUCGAUGGAAACGGUCUUCGGUCAAGAAAAACGUCUUGGUGGUUACCUCCUGGACAAUCCUAAGACAAUCACCUUCCAGGACGGCGGAAACAACCUCUGUCUAAGCUUGGAGAACAUAAGUGAGGGCUGGAAGGCCAAAUCUUCCUCCAACUACCAAGAGAUACCCUUCAGACAUCUCUGGCAGUCCAACAGCAACAGCCUCCACUGCUCCUUCAACCUGGAAGCCUACGAGAUGAACAGAAACCUUAAUUUUAAGAUAAAGGUGAACCAGAAAGGGUUCGACCACAUCCAAUAUUUCGACGUUGUGUGCAGAGAAGAUAUGGACAUUCCUAAUAUGAAAAAUAACUCGAUUAAGUUGUACCACAAUGAAUUAGUGCCAAAAAUUACGAUACAAAGUGAGACUAGCCGUUCUAGUGAUUCGAAAAAAUCUGUUGAGUUCGCGCAUUCACCUAAAAGUUCCAAGAGUUUCAAGUUUUCGGCUGCGGAUGACCAGACGCCGAAGGUGGCCAAGAAUUUGAUAGUUACUGAUAGGGGAGUCUCGACAUGUGAUGAUUUCACUUUUAGGUUAUCUAAGCAAAUAAGGAAACAGCUUUGCCAGGUUCUGGAUACUCCUACGUCAAGGGCCAAUGACUGGAGGCUGUUGGCCCACGCCUUACAGGUAGACAGAUACAUAAACUUUUUCGCAACCAAACCUUCCCCAACUGACUGCAUUUUGGACCUUUGGGAAGCUAGGAACAGAACCAGCAACGCUUUGAGUGAAUUAAGACAAAUAUUCAACGAUAUGGAAAGAUAUGACGCAGUGAACAUUUUAGACAGUUGCCUAGGACCUAACUGGUUGUAAAUUAUUUUCGAAUGUUCCAUUGGAAUUUUUCGUAUUUUAGUGAAAAAUGCGUUGCAUUGUCGAACCAUUUGAUUAUAUCGUUUUGUUUGAAAUUAUUAUCUUAUUGAAUGUUUAACUGAAAGUAUUUCUUGCAUAUCUGAGAUAUUUCUGCAGAAAUUCAAUAAUCGGUUUAUGUACUUAUUUAUUCAGAUAAAAUGUGAAUUUGAUGAAAAAACCAACGAAAUUACAGUGUGUUUUAUUUUGUUAAGAGAAUCUACCUUCAGAUAUGGAAGAAAUUUUUUUAAGAUGACUUCUUUGCAACUUUGUAAUUUUCGUUGAAAUCCAUUUCAUAACAAAGAUUGUUUGGAAAUUUGUUGAUUGUUGCAAAAUUAUGGAAUAACUUUACAGAAAUGUAUUUGUUAGACAUGAGCAUAUUUUAAUGUGUACCAUAAAAAAAAGUGUAGAAUUAAGGACCAUGAAUUUGAAAUUGUGCAAUUUGUCAGCGCUCUGCCUAAAAUAAUUGUAUGCAACGUUAUUACUUGCUGAGAAUACCCCAAUUCGAAUUAUUUAUUCCUUUAGUUCAGCUUAUUCUGAAAUAUUUUUUAAAGAAUACUACAUAAAAUAUUAAGUAUUUAUUAAAUAACACGUCAAUAAAGAAUUAUAUUGUUGUUUUGUUGAAACUUGAACAUUCACAGGAAUACGAAUAUAAUAAAAUGUAAUGAUAUUUAUGUAUUGUCAAUGGUAAAAUACUAAUAAAAAAUUCAUAUUGUUAUAUAACUAUAACAGAACAUUAUACAAGAAAUGAUUUCAAAUUAGUUUGCUUCCAAAACUUGUAAAGAGAGCUAAGGAAUAAAUUAUUUAAUAUUUUUUCCUCCUUAAAAUUAGUUGAAUUACUUUCGAAUUAUUAGCAUUAUUUCAAAUAUCUGUUUUAGGCAUUCAUUAAAUUUUUGCAGAGCACGAUGUAACGAAAUUUUAGAAGACAGAUUUAAGUUGACUUUCCGAAGUGAUAUUGAUCUUAGUACAUUAAAUUUAUAAAUGCGACUAACCUAUUUAGAGUUUUAUACGGAAAUCAAAAGUAGUUUUCUAGAUAUUUUAGAAUGUUUUUGUACAAAUGAUACCCCACAUGUAAUUAGAAGCAGUUAUACGUUAAAAGGAUGUACUAUGUACGUAUAUGAAAUAUAUAACGAUGUAAAUAGUCAAUAUAUAUUUACGAUUUUUAAA